CAACACGCUGCUGUCCUCAUUCCAUUCAAAAUGCCAAAACGCAAAGCACCAGAAGAUGCCAGUACGGCUACUCAACCCUCUCCUCCCAAACGCACCAUCCACCACAAGGCUUCCAAAUCUGUUGCGAAAGCUUCCCAGGGAAUCCCCAGUACGGUCCUUGCCCCUGAGCAACGCACCCUUGUAGACGCGCCGGUUACCCCACGUGCAGCGCGCUGCAAGCGCACCAGACCAGAAAACGACUUGGCUUCUGUGAAUUCACCCAAACCUUCAGUGGCGAAGAGGAAAUUACACGGCGAGCACCACUCAGGCAGUCUGUCGCGACCCCUUCAAUCCUCGUCACAGGUUCUGCCGGUAGAUUUGACAGACUACCUGCGACUUCAGCAGCGUGCUAUCCUUGCAUCACUCCAAACGUCAAUUCCUUUUUCGGACGAAGACGGUGAUGAACCGCCAUCGGCAAAUUUCAUCGCCUCCCGUCAACUACAGGAUUUGCUAACUGGCUCGGUGAUACGAGGAGAGGGAAAUAGUUGCCUCCUCCUUGGACCGCGUGGGAGCGGCAAGACAACGCUCAUCGAACAGGCAAUCGAAUCGUUGUCAGACAAGCCAAUAGUCGUUCGCUUGUCAGGUCAUGCGCAACGCAAUGACCGAUCAGCUCUACGUGAAAUUGCACGCCAAUUGUCUCUGCAGACCGGCAGAUCCUUCCUUAACGAUGUCGACGCGGUAGAUGAAAAUCAUAAUCCCUUUUCAGAUCCCAUACCCUCAGCAUCACUCCCUCCACCGUCUCAUCUCCCAGCCCUGGUUUCCAUGUUACCAACACUGUCUCGUCCCAUAAUCGUUAUCCUGGAUGCAUUCGACCUUUUUGCGCAGCACGCCAGGCAGUCUUUACUUUACUGCCUCCUGGAUACUGUCCAAAGUUGCAGGGUCGGGCAAGAUAGUAACGGACUGGCUGUCAUUGGCGUGACUUCUCGGCUGGACGCCAUUAGCUUACUUGAAAAAAGGGUGAAAAGUCGGUUUUCAGGGCGCGUACUGCGGACAGCGCCUCCCAUUAAAUUAUGUCAUUGGAUGAACCUGAGUCGAAGAGCGCUGUGCGUACCUAUCGAGAGCGGUGAUGAAGAAUGGGUCGAUAUGUGGAACCUUGCCGUAGACAAGUUCCUUGCUGACCGAAAGGUUGCCGAGGUGAUCGCAGAUACGUUCGCUCUCACGCGUGAUGUCAAAAUGUUGCAAAACUUGCUCGUUCGGGUAGUGGCGGAGCUCCGGCCUUCUUCCCCAUUCCCAACGCCAUCGAGCCUUACCUCCGCGUUAGCUGCACACCGUAGCGCACACUUCCCGGACCCUUGUACCCUGCCUUACCCUUCGAUAUGUCUUCUCAUUGCUGCAAUGCAUGCUCAGACAGCUGGUCACGACCAAGUCACAUUUGAAAUGCUGUAUGACAUGUUCAGGGAACAGUUACGAGCAUCUGCCGCUGCCCCCAUCCAAAUAGAGGGUGGGAGUAUUGGGAUGGCACGGUGUACACGUGAGGUUCUCAUGACCAGUUUCGAACGGCUUAUUGCUGUUGGAAUGUUUCUCGGAGUGGCCCCUGCUUCAGUAAACAUCGCCCCCGAAUUUGUACGUUAUCGUUGCUUGGUGGAAAGGGAAGUCUUGAAGAAGGUGGUAGACACGGCGGGACAGACGAGUCUCAAGAAAUGGUUUUACAAAGCGUGUUAGUUCACUCUCUUCUUUCGGGGUUGUGUGUAUGGACACCUGUAUUAUGCACGUGAUUUUUGAUUUGACGCUUCACGUGCUC